AAAAAAAUUAAUUGAACUCUAUAGUAAUUAAAUAACUGAUAUCUCAGCUGAGAUAACAAGUAUGGCUAAUUGAGCAUAUAAUAAUAUACAAAAUAUUUCUUGACAGUGACGUCUGAUAAUUCAACAAUUUUAUUUUACAACUAUUUAUGAUGGAAAAUCAACCUUUGUAUUCUAAAGAUGAUAAACCACCGCCUUAUUCGACUGCUACAGCACCUUCAGUCGGAUCUUCUUCAUGGCAACCACCACCUGGUUAUUAUCCAAGUGACGGAACAACUUAUCAAAAUUCAUCGAUUCCAUCGUAUGGAUCUACAACAACUGUUAUUGUACCAGAAAUAAUUCUUGUUGGAGCUUGCCCAGCUUGCCGUGUUGGGAUUUUAGAAGAUGAUUAUACGUGCUUAGGAUUAUUCUGUGCAAUUUUCUUCUUUCCAAUUGGGAUUCUUUGCUGUCUACUUUUAAAAAAUAAAAAAUGCUCAAAUUGCGGAGCGUAUUUUGGAUAACUUAAUAAUAUCAGCUAUCUCAAAACGAUGAUUCCACUUAAUUAUUAUUUUUUAUCUUAGGUAAUUUAAAAAAAAAUAAUGUACCUAAUUUUUCAUAGAAAUUUUUAAUUGCAAUAUUUUUUUUUUUCAUCAGUUUGCAUACGGUCAAAAAAUUAAAUCGUGUUAAUAAUUAUUUUAUAGUGAUAUUAGAAUAACUGCAAGAGUUAUUUAAAGUUGAAAUAUUCAAACUUGUUGGUUUUUUUCUGUUAUAAAAUUAUUUAUAAGUGUUAUUUCAAGAGAAAAAUAAUCAAAACGUAAUUGUAUUUUCCAAUUAAGUAUUUAUAGUUCAUUGUGAUCAGAAAUACUAAGAUAUAUAAAUAAUUUUUUUUUUAUAUAUACAGAGAAUAUAAAUUUGAAAAUUUCAUACUAAUUAUUAAAUGUUUUUAAGCCUUGUAAAGUAUCUACGUAAAGUUAACAUACAUAAUAAAUAAUAUUUUAUUAAAAAUGUGAAAAAAUUGAGUCGAAUUUUAUACUCUUACAACUCGCUUUCUGUUAAACUACGCUUUGUAAUAUUUUUAUUAGCUUUAUAUUAAGUAAUAAUUCUGUUAAAUAGGCAAUAUUGACCUUGAGAUAUUAUCGACAAUUUAAAAACUUUUGUUCUUUAAUAAGGAUUAAUCAGUAAAAUUAUAAGGCAUUGUUACUUAAAUUUAAUUUGGAAAAUUUACGCACUAGUUUAAGUAUGCUCAAACAGAUAAUUUAUUUAUUUUUUUCAUCAAGUGUUGAAAUAGAAUUUAUUAUUUAGUGGUUUUUCGUGAACGAUGUCUAAAAACCUCUCUAUGAUUUAUGAAUUAGGUAUUUUUCAUGAGAAUUAUAAAAAUUAAAAAAUCCUGUUCCCGUUAAUAUAUAAAAUUCCCGUUAAUAAAACAGUAUUAGAUAAUUACUAAUAAAUUUUUAAUUAUUUCCAAACAUUUAUUUUUAUUCCAAAUAACUCGACUAUACGAAAGCCAGAUAAUUAUUUUUGUCAUAAUAUUAGAAGAGAAAAAAUCGGAUGAUAAAAAAAAUUAUAAAAUAAGUUCAAUUGCUGAGAAAAAUAUGAUAUUUAUCAGUAUCACCAUACAAAAACAUUUUGGUGAUAAAUUAUUUGAAAAUUACGUGCAAGUAUAUAACAGAAAAAAAAACAUAUUAUAUAUAUUUACAUGUCAGUAACUGUGGCUCGCAAAUAAAUAUCAAAGAAAUAAAUAUAAUUUGUAAAAAAGCUAUUGUUCAAAAGAUAAAUUACUAUUGAAAGUUACUUUUUUUAACCGGUAGCCUCGAAUCUUUUUAAUUGGAUAGUUUCAAUGUUCUAAAUAACAUUGACUUUAAUAUUACUUCACUCAAGACACUGAAACUGACCUUCUACUACAAUAAUUAAAUAGUUUACAAUACUGUUAGAAUAAAUAAUU